GUGCCAUAGAUGGUUCUCAUAUCAGAAUCGACAAACUAGUGGAAGAUGCCGAUUCUUACAUUAAUCGCAAGCAAUAUAUUUCAUUGCACAUUCAAGCGACGGUUAAUCACAAAUUGAAAUUUUUAAAUGUCUUCAUUGGAUACCCAGGUUCUGUCCAUGAUGCCCGAGUAUUUAAAAAUUCAUCAUUAUUUAACGACUUACGUGAAAUAUGUGGAGAUAGUUACUACUUAGGAGAUAGUGCAUAUCCGUGUUUAUUGCAAGUAAUCGUUCCGUAUAAAGACAAUGGACAUUUAACACGAAAACAAAGAAUUUUUAACCAAAAAUUAAGCUCAUGCAGAAUUAUCGUCGAAAAUACAUUUGCCAUUUUAAAACAACGAUAUCGCCAACUUUAUCAUUUCAAGCUAAGAAAUAUUCCACGUAUGGUACGUGUUAUACACGCAUGUUGUGUUUUACAUAAUUUAGCUAACAUUACAGAUUUACAAUUGUUCGAAGCACCUGCACACGACGAGGAACCAGAAGUACAAGCACAAAAUGAAUAUAUAUGUAACAAUGAAACAGUAAGAGAAUAUGAAUCAG